GCAGGAGCACGAGUGGAGAUGUGGCUUUUCUGGAAAUCGCGGGUUUUCGAGGAGGAGUUAUUUGGAUGCUGGAGGUCGGCGAGCAAGAUGGCGGUGCUCGGGGAUGCCGCGCCAUGCCUGUUGUUUUGUUUUCGUUCGGUGGGUAUUGACCUUCGUUAAGGGCUACGCGUGUUUCGCUCGAAUAGGUAGCUUCGGUUCUGAUUUAUUCCCCGGAAGAGAGGAUCCUGAUCGUUGGCGGGUCGGAGGUUGAGGAAGGCGUGAAUUUCGAUACUUCUAACCUAACAUUUGUGGGGAAAAGGCUCGAACGUGGGGAAGCUUCACAGGGGGAUGGGGUUUUAAAUUCGAGACAUUUUCGGAUUCAAGAGUUCGGUAGUGAGUCACGGCUGGUGACUUACGAUAUUUAAUUGGAGGGAGAGGAAAGGUUCUCAAUGAGUCACCUAUAGAGCAGCUAGAGAUAUGGCAGCUCCCGAAGCGAUACAAGUCAGCUCGUUGCCCCUGCCCCCGGUGCAGUACAUUAAUUUAUAUACCGAUGAAAAUGUUCGUCGAGGCAGGGCACCGAGACCACCUCCACCGAUCCAUGACACCUACUCUAUGUUUGGAAAUGUAUUCAAUGCAGACGACACGAUCAUUCGACCCCUCGAAGCACAGGGUAUUAAAAGACUGUACCCGCAGCAUUUCGAUCGGCGAAGGGAAUUGAAGAAACUCAACCACUCGUUGCUGGUCAAUUUUCUGGAUCUUAUAGAUCUGCUGGUGCAAUGUCCCGAUAGUCCCAGACGAGCGGAAAAGGUAGAAGAUCUAAGUUUACUAUUUAUUCACAUUCAUCAUUUAUUGAAUGAGUUCAGACCUCAUCAAGCACGGGAAACGUUACGAGUGAUGAUGGAGCUACAGCGCAGACAAAGAACAGAGACAGCGCUUCGAUUUCAAAAACAUCUUGAAAAGGUUCAAGAAAUACUUCAACAUGCGUUGCAAAUGCUGCCAGACACUUCGGAAUUGGAUUCAAAGCUAGCAAUAAACACAGAUGCCAUGGAAUCAAUGGACACAAUGGGUUUUGAGCAACAAGCCUUGGACCCGUGUAGUCAAAGUGAUCGCAUAAUGUGUAAUAUCAUAGACGAGAUGACAGCGUCUAAUGGAUUAUUCUAAUCUGUUAAUCAAAAUGUCUGUGUUCUAUGUAAUAUCUUUUAUUUUUAAGUCGCAUGUUGUAGAUGAGUACUGUACUAUACUACAGUAUGUGUGUAAUGUGUAGAGUACUGUACUAUAAUAAAUGUGCUGUCACGUUUUGCAAACAUUAUCGAUGUUUAUCCUAUUGUGAAAUGUUUGCUUACUCAAUUCUAGUGAAAUCCCUCUUUAAAAAGUCGUCUUCCGUUAGUAACUUCGUUUUACAUUAGUUUUUAACAAAUUAGAUCACUUCGUUUUCUAUUUUACUUUAACUCUCUCAAACUUACCAUUAAAAUACUAAAUACUAAUCUACAUUUGUCAAAUAAAGAAACGAUUAGUGCAA